AUGGAAAUUUCAAAACACAGUAAUGCCAGCAACUUUCUCUUCAUCCUGAUGGACCUGCCUGGUCUGGAGACUGCGCAUUGCUGGACAGCCAUUACCAUCUGCCUUAUUUACAUUCUUUCUGUGCUGGGCAACAUCACCAUAAUGUACAUAGUGAAGUCUGUGCCCAGCCUCCACACACCCAUGUACCUGUUCCUUUCCAUGCUGGCAAUGGCUAAUCUGGGCCUCUCAGCAUCUACUUUGCUUUCAAUGGUAGCUGUCUUUCUCCUGGGCCAGAGGAUGAUAGGAGCUGCAACCUGCUUUGCUCAACUCUUCUUCAUCCACACGUUCUCAGUCAUUGAGUGGGCUGCUCUCUUGGCCAUGGCUUUUGAUCGCUGCGUGGCCAUCCGAGAGCCUUUACGCUAUGCCACCAUUCUCACGACCAAACACAUAGGGGCCAUUGGACUGGCGGUCAUAAGCCGCAGCACUGUCCUUCAUCUGCCCUUGCCGGUGCUCCUGGAAAGGCUGGCAUUCCAGCCAGUCAGUGCGCUGUCGCAUUCUUAUUGCGUCCAUCCUGAUGUUCUGCGACUGUCCAGUUCCAGCACUCUUGUCAACAGUGUGGGCAUGGAUGCCGUGCUCAUUCUUCUCUCCUAUGUGCUGAUCUUGAAGACGGUCUUGAGCAUUGCUUCCAAUGCUGAACAGUUGAAAGCCUUCAACACCUGCAUUUCCCACAUCUGUGCUGUCCAUCUCUUUUAUACCCCCCUAGUUAGCCUGUCUAUGAUCCAUCGCUUUGGGAAAAAGCUACCAGCUCAGGUGUACAUGCUUCUGUCCUAUCUGCAUUUUCUUAUGCCUCCAAUGCUCAACCCUAUUGUCUACAGUGUCAAAACGAAAGAGAUCAGGGUCUGCAUUCUAAAGAUGCUCCAUCCCAAGAAGCACUGA